CACACACAUUUUUUGUAGGAAAAAAAUAUAUGUUCUACAAUUGAUGGAGACCAGAGAAUUAUAGAAUUUGUAUAUUUCCUGCAUGAAUAUGUUCCAUACAUCUAGAUGCAGCUCACCAAUGCUGUAUAAUAGCUUCAUGUAUUCCGAACAAGAACUAGACAGUGGAGUCCCAAGUUUAAAGAGCAGUGCAUCAAGUUCUGAAUGUUAUGGAUCCCGGUAUAAAGCUGACUAUUGGCCUAUGAGAUAUGGCUUACUAGAAGGUGCUUUGGAACACGAGUUAUUCAGAUCUGAGAACAGGAGAUCAGUUCUUGGAGACAGUCUCGAAAAUGCGCUUUAUGCUCUACAGCAUCAAAGGAGCUGUCUACAUGACCAAGAAAAUGAUAUUAUGAGCAAUCAAUCAAGACUUGAGCACUUGCUACAAAGGCAACAGAAUUUGGAAUCAAGAAUGCACAGCCUGAAACAAAGUGACAACUUCAGAAACUCAUUUACUCCAUAUACCAGUGAAAUAAAUGAAAAAAAGGACUGGAGGUUCCAAACAAAAUUACCAAGUGAUUCUGAUUGUGUUAAUAAUAGUAGGAUUAAUACAUUGGAAAGGGAGAUUAAUAAUAUUAAUCAGAAAAUGAAAACCUGUGCGGCUGUAAGAACAAGUAAUCAUUCAAAUGGAUUGAGCUUGUGUAUGAAAAAACAGCAAGAGCUUGAAGAGAUGCAAGAAGAACUGCAGCUAUAUACACAACAAAUGGUGACUAGGUGCAGGAGUGCAGAACAAGAAAAGGAUUCGAUGGACCUUGAGAUGGUGUCACUUCAUGCUGGACUCUUUCAAGCUAAGUUUGCGUCCAAAGGUCUGGAAAAAGAAUGUGUUAAGCUUCAUUCUCAGUUGUUAGCCAACAGAAAUAUAAAUGAAAAUCUACAUUUGGAGGUAUCAUCAUUAAAGCGGCAUGCUCAAAAACUUGAAAAUACCGUGAAAGGAUCAGACAGCGAAAAUAAAUCUCUUAAUCUACAACUUGAAAACAUGGAGAGAGAAAGGCAACAGCUGCUGUCCCAAAAAGAAUUUCUACAGAGUGCGCUGAAGAAAGGGACAAAACACCAAAAAUCUAUUAUGAAGAGGAAUGAAAGAUCUGAUGGACAGACCCUAACUUUGGGAAAUGAAUCAAAAUCAUUAGAGGAAGACACUAGUAAAAUACAACAACUUUCAAGAAAUGUAAAUCACAUUUCUGAAAUUUCACCAUCUUCAAAGGCAACUUCCAGGACAUCCUGCAGACUAAAGAUGUAUAAGGUUGAAAAAGAGCCUUCUCUACAGAGUAAUGAAAUCUGUUCGGGAUCCAGUGAACCCUGCAAAUCGAGAUCAAAUGAAGAGAUUAUGACUUUGGAAAAGAAAUCUGAAUCGUUGCAUGAUGAUAAAAAUAAGGAGCGUCAAAUUCCCGAAAAUAUACACUUCAUUUCUGAAAACUCACCAAUGGAUUCAAAAUCUAGGACUUCCACAAGACGAAAGAGAUCUAAGGUUAGAAAGAAUGAAGAAAAAGUAAAUACAAGAAAAUAUGAAUAUUUGAAAUUGCCAGAUAGGAAAUGUACAAUGGAAGAAACAGACCUUGAACCACCGAACAGCAAAAAAUCAUUACCGGUUGACAAGGAGUCUUGUGUGCCGAAUAAAGCAAAUUAUCUAGAAUCAGAUAUACCCUGCACAUCAAGCAAGAAAUCAGAAAUAAAUAAUGGGCAGUCCGAACUCCUCAUUGAAUACUGUCAUCAUCUGUCAAAUUUACUGCAAAAAUUACAACGUCUUCUUAAAAGCAAUGCAAGAUUAGGUCAUGAAAAAGAUGAAGCUUUAAAGUACCUGCUUUUCAUUCUAAAGAAAGUUAAGAAAUCUAAUAUUCUAAGUGAAAAAAGCAGAGAACAAGUGGAACAGCUUCUCAAUGAGCACGUCAGCCUAACAGACAACUGUCACAAAAGAGAUAGCCAGAUUACAUCUGUGGUGAUUGAAUUAAAACAUUUAGGAAAAGCAUACCGUAGUAUUGUUAAUCACUCUGAGAAUACUGACGACAGAAACUCAGUUUUGUGGAUACGCAGGGUGCAGGCUUUACAGGAUUCUCUUAACAUCCUUAAAUGUCAAAAAGAGAAAACGGAAUCUAUCGAAAAGGAUAUUUGCUUAUUGAAGAAGGAAAAAUUACCUGAACUGAGAGAAGUCCAAAAUAUAUCGACAUAG